AAUUAUACAUAUUCAGCCAGUGCUUUGACUAUUUAAUAUUUUUCCUGUAACGAGAGGUCACCUCCUCCUAAUAUAUGUUCGAUGAUAAAGGGUAUUUUUAGUGCGAUAAAUACUUGUUUGAAGUUUACUCUGGCACUGAUGUCGGAAACGGUGAAGGAGGUAGUGUUUUGAUUGUCUCAGGCACCUGCCACUGGAUGCAGAGUUCGUUGGUGUCUGAGUAGCAUGUACCUGAACAUGGCUGGUGGCAGUGUGAUUCAUGAGGUGCGGCAAACCCUCGAUAAUCUGGGUUACCGUCAGCCUCUCCCUCCAGAUGCCCUGCCUCUUGUCCAGCAUCUCCUGGAUGACCUUUUAUGCUGCACAAAAGACCUCAAGGAGACUAAGGAAAAUCUUGCUUACACACAGAAGAAAUGUGAUGAUGUGUGCACGAGCCUGGUGCCUUACCAGGAGGAGAACGGCCAACUCCUGACGCAACUAAAUGCCUUGCACAUGGCCAACAUUACUCUCAGGGAACAGAAUGAGAAGCACAACAAAGAGCUUCAAAAUGCCUUACAAAAGCUAAAGGAGGAGAACCAAAGCCUGCGGUUUCUUGCUGGGGAAUACCAGCGGCAGAUAGAGGAGCUGGAGACAGAGUCCAGCAAGAAGAACGACCGAAUUCUUCAACUGCAGGAGAAGAACCUUCGAGCAGUGGUCACUACACCUGGUGGACGGAGGAAGCCGAUGUCAUUUCAGCGUCAACGUUUAGAAAUCACUUCUCAUCUUCCAGAGAACAACAUGUCUUCCAGUAUCAAGUGUUCAAAGUGUGGAUGUGCUGGUGGUGACCAGAGCCAAAGUAACAACAACAACAACAAUAAUAAUGCGUACUUGGCUGACCUGUUGAGGAUGACGGACCAGAAGCUACUGGACCUGCAGCAGGAAGUGGAGCGCAGCCAGCGUUAUGCAAAAGAAAACGAAAAUCAUUGUACAGUACUUAAAAAACAGAUUUCAAAUAGAGAGAGAGAAAUCAGUAGACUCCAGGGAUUAUUGGAAGGAGGGAGAACGGUAGCUGCUGUGAUAGAAGACAACCGGUUGCAGGCAGCACACGCACACCUCCACCAGCUACAGCUCCACAAUGACAUGCUCACUAAAACAAACAUCCAACUGGAGAGUAAACUUAAAAACAUUCUUGGCGACACUCACGAUGCAAUGAACCGAGCGGUAGAGCUUGCUGAUGUCAACACAGACCUCACCAAAGAACUCUGUGAUGUAGAAAAUACCAAUCGACUCUUGGAGGAGGAUGUCAUAAACACAGCGGAAACUCUGACACAAAGGCUGGAGCUCACCAGAACCAAACUUACGAGUUGCAAAGCUGAUUUAGCAGAACAACAUCGCUUGUAUCACCUAAUGCGAGAUGAACGUGAUCGGUUGUAUAAAGAACUGGUCCAUGUCCGUCAUGAUUAUUCUAAAUUAUCUCAUGACCAUACACGACUUGUAACAGAACGGGUACCAAUGAUGGAUGAAAACAAGCGAAUGGAAGAUCUUUUACGGAAAGGACAGGAGGAAAAGAAGUCUUUGGUGGAUAAAAUCAAUCGCUUAACAGUUUCAUUGCAGGAAACAGAAACUGAUAAACUUCGUCUCUCUGUGGAUGGAGAUGCCCUUCGUAAGACCAUUAGUGAGCUUAAGGGACAGAAAGAUGUUUUAAAUAUGACUAUAUGUGAACUGAAGUCACAAAAAGAUGCUCUGAACAAAACUAUCAGUGAGUUAAAGGACAAAAAAGACUCAGCCGAGCAAGGGAAAGCCUUCUACACGUCGGAGACGGAGAAGUUGUUGGGGAAGAACAAAGAUUUGGAGCAGGAACGAAACUACUACAAAGAGGAGAUGAUAAAGCUUCAGACUCAGAACACUAAUUUGGAGCAAGAAAGGGACUUCUACAGGGACCAGACUGGGGAGUUGUCACGAGAGAAGCAAGUGGUGGAACAGUCUCGGUCAUACAUUAGCGAUGAUUUGACAAAACUUCAAAGUCAGCACCGGCAAAUGCAGCAGGAAAGAAACUACUUCAGUGAGCAACUAAAUCUGACUCAAGCAGAAAAGAGGCAGGCAGAGAAGGAGCGUGAGUACUACAGUGAGCAGGUGAUACAACUGCUGGACAUCCUUAAGAGUAAGCCUUCUUCUACACCCUCCACACCCAUGCAGAUUGGCAGACCUCGUCCUAAGCCCAUUUCUCCAGAAAACGAGAUUGCACGUUUGACACACGAGCGAGAUGUUUUAAAACAAGAGCGAGAUUUCUACAAGAUGCAAUAUCAGUCUCUUAAAAGCCAACAGACAGGAGGAUCUGCAGGUUCCCCUGUCUCAGGUAGUGCAGGAGUGGGCCCUUCCAGCACAGGUGCUGGUGGCCCACCAUCCACGGCUCCCUUGCCUCCAGGACCAACUGUGGCUACUGCUAUGGCUACCAUGACAGGUGGUCCAGCUUCUGCAGGUUCCCCUGUUAUUCCUCCACCAAGGCCUCAGUCUGUACCUGUUGGUACUGUUGAUUUGGAAACUAUAAGAAGAGAGCGAGAUUUCUUCAAGCAACAGAUGGAAUAUUUCCGACAGCAACUAAAUUUGCAACUAGCUCGAGGGCCUGUUCCUGCUGCUGGAACUAUUGACAUCGAUCAUCCUCAACGUUCUCCUCUAACUAGGGCAUCAUCAGAAACUUCACCACAGCACAUUGCAGAUUCAACAGCACUGCAAAAUGAAAUGAGAGUGUACCAGCAGGAACGAGACUUUUUCAGGCAGCAGUAUGAGAAUCUUAAAGCCAGCAUUGCACAGCCUUUGCCUCAGGCAGAAGAUGUGGAUAUUAGUAACAUUGUACGUGAGAAAGAUAUGUUGCAGCAAGAACGUGACUUCUUCCGUAAUCAGUACAAUGAUAUCUCUCGCAGGAUAGCUACACUCACAGCAACAACUCCCUCAGUGUCACAGACUAUUAGGCAAGAAAUGGAAGCCCUCAUGGUUGAGAAGCGAGGAUUAAGCAUUACCAGGGCUGAUCUUGAAGCUCAGGUCAGGGUGCUGAAUGAAAAGUUAUUAGAAGCAGAGCGUGAAAAGACUGAAAUAGAUAGUCAUACUCGAGAGCUACACUCAGCUAUUGAAAAGUUACAAGAUGCAGCCACUCAGAAGUAUCCCCCAUCAACUCAGGCCUUCAUCAUGGAGAUUAGGAAGGCACGAGAUGUGGCCAUGGCAGACUUGGAUAAAGUGAAGAAGGACCGAGAUCAACUGAGAGAAAAACUGAGGGAAGCAACAUCCCACCAAAUUAGAGAGAAAGCAACUUUAGAAGAGGAAGCAUCUCACCUUCGCCGUCAAACAGAAGAAGGAGGGAGGACAGUGACAGAUCUGCAGCAACGUUUACACUCUCAAGCUGCUCUUAUUGCAUCUUUACAAGAUCAGGUGCAAAAUUUGCAAGAUGCGCUUCAGCAAGCUCAUGAUGAGUUAGGUCUACGGGGCAAGCAGUCUGAUGAAAUUAAAAAGCUUCUUGAGAGGAAGGUAGGGGAGAUGGGAAAUGCUGAACACCAGCUUGAGUUUCGUCUGAAUCAGUUGUCUGAAGCCCAAACUAGAGUGAAGGAGCUAGAGUUUGAGUUGUCACGAGUAAAUGAAGAGCUUGCAGAUGCGAGACUGGAGGGCACAACCAUGAGGACAAGUGUUAGCCGCUUAGAUCAUGAUAAGGAUCGACUCAGUAAUGAACUAGAUGCAAAAAUUGAACACCUGGCAAAUCUGAGAGAAGAAUUGCGUAAGAAAGAAGCAUUGAUAGCCAAACUCGAGGGCAACAUAACGAAGCUGGAAGGUAAACUUGAUGCUGCGUUGUCGACGGUGGCGGCAGAGGAACGGAAAGUAGCAGGGGAGGAGAGACGGAGCCAGCGGCUGGAGCAGGACCUGGCUGCCACCACCCUCGCCAGGGAUGUAGCCAACAAGGAGAUCAGACAACUGCAGAAGGAAUUGGCAAGCAUGACUCAGGACUGCAAGAACCUGCAAGAGGAUCUCGAAAAGUCUCGGGUGUCAAAGGAUAAUUUCAAGAAGAAGGCCCAAGAAUAUUGUCUCACUUUAGAGGAGUUGACCAGCAUUCUCUCUUCCAAGGAUUCAGAGCAGUCAAUGUUGAAGAAGCAGUAUCUGAACCUGAAUGAGGCAGUGUCAUCGCUCAAGUCUCUCAAUGCCUCCCUGGAGGAAAGCAUUACAUCACGAGAGCAGGAGAUGACCAAGAUGGAAGCUAUGAUGGCCAAGUUUAAAGAGGAGAGAGAGCAGCUUAUUAGUCAGAUGAUGGAGGCAAGUCAGAAGUGUGAUGAACUGGAAGACUCAUGCAGAAAGUUGGAGGAAGACAAGUACAAUGUAGAAAAGGAACUUCUCACAACCCGUGACCUAGCACAGAAGCUGGAAAUGAAGAGAAGUCAAGCAGAGGGAGAGGUAGCCAGGCUCAAUACCUCCCUGGAAAAAGUAUUAGAACAGAAACGAUCCCUAGAGCAGAGGUUAGAUGCACUUACCAGUCAACUCAACAACGAACGCUCAACUGUUAGGUCCAUGGAAGAGGUGCUUAAUGAGAAACGAAGAGCAGAGUGGUCAUCUGAGGCCAACAACAAGCAGUUGGAGGUGGAGAAACAUCAGCUACAGAGGAAGAUCUCAGAACUUCAAGAACAGCUAGAAGAUGAAGUAAAUGAAGUCAAAAGAUUUCGGACCAGAGCAGCACAAUUGGAGAGUGAUGUAGAACGGAUGCGUCGUGAAUUAACAGAUGAGCGAUUUGAGAGGGAACGAACAUCACAGGAGCUACGGCGGGUACAAAGAUUUCAAAACAUUAAUAGUGCAUUAGAUGCCCUUGAAACUGGAUCCCUGGCCACCAAAGAGGGUUCAAGACCCCCGGUCAGGGUGUUGCCAGAAGAUCCACACCCGAGUCUAGUCGCCUCAAGGUUACCCAGUAGAUCAGAAUCUCCACUUCCCUCAGUGUCACAAACAGAAGCUCACUUAGAGAGGCGUCGUAGUUUUAGUAAGGCACAUGCUACUCUUCUCCAUAGCUCCUCCUCUGACACAGGACUGGAGAAAAGUCAAGCUAUAUCCAGCAGUUCAGACUCUCACAAGGAACCUUGGAGACUUGCCUUUGGAAGCAGAACUUCACAGUUAGCAUGGCAAAGUGCCAGCCAGGAAUCCAUCCACCACUCACCAAUUGCAUACAGAAAAGCAACUGAAGAAAGCCCUCCAUAUAGAAUACUAACCCCUACUAGAGUAAGAAGUUCCUCCCCACCCCAGCAAGCCAAAGCUUUGACCAUAGUCUCACAUUCUCUGACUGAAAGAACAUCCCCACAUUCUCACCCAGCAGUGAGUGCAGAGGAUGCCCCCAGUGUACGACCAAAAAAUGCCAGUUCAAAGUUAAGUAAGCAAGGAGCCAGUGGUGGAGAGACUGACAGUUGGGACUAAGGUGGUGUGCUACACUUCUUGGUAGUUCUGUAGUGUAACGUAUGUAUUAAUCUGGUACUUUACACCUGUUGAGGCACUGUAUUUGCACUAGUACUGUAUGCUUAAUUUUGGACAUACAUCUGUGUUGUAUAAAUGCAAGAAAAACAGUUGUAUUAGUUUUGUAGUGUAUUGCAGCUGUGUAGUUACUUCUUAUUGAGGGACUACUUUAUAUUUUAAAGGUCAGAUAUUUUUUAACGUAUUAGUCAUAUUUUUUUAAAAGCAAAAUGCCUGGAGAAAUGUGUGACGUAACCUUGACUGUGUUAAUAAGGUGCCUUCACACAAAUUAUUAUUCUUGUAAAUAAAAUAUUUGCUUGUGAGUGAACUUCAAUGACAUAAGCCUUAAUAUUACUUCUAAACAAAACUUCUUAGUAUUCUUUUUAUAGCUAUUACUUUCUUAUCUUGUAAAGAUUGGCUUGUUCAUUCAGCAACUUUUAUUGUAAAGAUGGUGGGUAUAAAUAUGGAUAUGCAGUACAUGUUUAGUACAGAAACACUCUUUAGAUACAAUAUAACUACUUUGCCAACUACUGGUGCUGAGAAGACUUAUCCAUUGGACCAGAUUGAAACUUCAGCCUCAAACAUAUUUUAGUUAGUAUUUCAGUAGGUGAUGCACUUGUAGACUUACAUUUGUUUUAUAGAAAAAUCACUUCAUUCAGUUAUCAUAUAUAUUAAAUUGCCAGAAUCUUUUUUUUUUUUUUCACUUUAAGAGUAACUUAAAUAGCCAAGGAUCAUUGCAUUUACCGUACAGUAUAUGGUAAAUGUAUUUGGUAAAUGAUCAUUGCAUUUAUCAUACAGUAUUACCAUAGUUAGGUCUUGGUGUCAUACCAGGUGCAGCACUCGUGUAUGAGGCAAGUUAGGUCUUGGUGUCAUACCAGGUGCAGCACUCGUGUAUGAGGAACAGUAUAAUAGAUUGGAGAUUUGAUACUUGUUCACAUCAAUCAUUUCUCUACGAGCAUCUUACGUUUUUCUAACAGGGUUUCCUUAGUGUGUGGAGUCUCUCUUUGUCUUGUUGAGGGGGCAUAAUUUUGGAACCUGUGCCCAGUUGUAUGUUUUUGCCUCUGGAAAUUCAAGGCUCUUGGGUGCCACUGAGGGGCUUUCAGAAAAGGAAGUUUUAUUAUACAGUGCUCUUUAUUUUUCUUCAUUAUUGUAAAAUAUUUUGAUUAUACUUAUUAUUGUAGUCUUAUAUUUUGUUCAACUGUUUAAGCCUUUACAUUCCUCUUAUUAUUAAUAAACAUUAUUUUAACUUCUGUUAAUUAACUCUCAUGAUUUUUAUUAUUUGAUAAAUUAUUAAACAAAUCUUACAUAUUGCAUGAUUACCUGUUCAAAAAUUUAAGCAUUUAACAUACUGUAUUUAUAAUUGCAGUUUUGUAUUUUCCAGUCUGUAUUGCAAGCCCCAGUAUUUAGUCAUUUGUAAGUAUAUCACAAAUUUUCCUGUGGUGACCAUGUUACUUGGCUGAUACUCCAUACAAUGAUUUAUUGAUCUGCUUUAUUUACUUCAGACUAAAUAAAAAUCUGUGGAAAUUGGUUUGGGAACUUAAGUUAUUAUUAGUUGUAAUUGGAGAUUCACAAAGGUCAGGGACUUCUUGAUGUAUGUAAUUCACAUGUUGUAAACUCAACCAUCUUUGAUGAUUCUUUGAGGAUUGCAGUCUUGAUGGCUCAACAUGGCAUUCAUUCUGGCAGCAUCUGGAUUAUCUGAAAUAUUCAGUCAGGCAGUAGUUGGAUUAUUUAAACACUAAUUGUGAUUUUCAUCAUUAAUUUUUUUCAUUUAUAUUUUGUUAACUUUAGAUAAUUUUCUUGUUUAAAAACUUAUUUUGUAUUUCAUGCCAUAGUUUCCAGUCCAUGCUGUCCAUUUCAAAAGAUAACUCAGGUGCUCUUGUGCAGUAAGUUAAACUGCAGGUGUGUGAUUUUAUCAUAAGUAAACAUAUUUCCUUGGUGAUCCCCCAGGCGCGUACAGAACAGUCUAAUCAUGCUGUCAUAAUUCUUGAGUUGUGAAUGCAGCAUGUAAUUGCUACAGUUUCAUAAGAAUUAGUUGCUCACAAGUUUCUACUGGAGUUGAGUAAAUGUUUGGUAAAUUUUAAUGACAUUUUCAUGUACCAAUAGCAUGCUUGUCUAAUAAAUUUAGCAUACUGUAUAUUUUAAACUACUGUAUACCUAUACAUUUCUAAACAUUUAUUCAUUAUGAAUAUAAUGUGAAGGUUUCUUCACAGCAAAAACUUUAAUAUAAAGCUUUCUUUAAUUGAGCUGUGUAUUAGAUGUAACUCAUCUAUGUACCUGUACUGAUGUAUCUAUCAGUGAAGUUUACAGUAUUCAGCUUGAGCAGAAUACAAACUGCUGUUGCUGGUAUCGCCUAUAUACUUAACAUUAAAUAAUCCACAUGCCAAGCACUUACUAUAACAACAUUUUAUUUCUCUUUCUAGGUUCGAACUAUGCUUUUAUAAGAGCAAAGCCAGUUUUGAGGUGAACUGGAACUUGUCUCUCCAGGAGCUAUUGUUUAAUGCUUUAAGCCCUGUUUAUACAGUACAUUGUAUUAUAAUUGUAAUUAUUGUUACUGUUGAGGAUUCAAUAACCGGUGGAAUAGCUUUACAAUGGAAAAAAACAGGCAUAGUAUCUCAGUUAUUUUCAGAAAAGGACAGUUGAUAGUGUUUUGGUAUUCAGGGUUAUAUCAGGGCAGAGUAGAGAAUAUUUUCCAUGCGCAAUAUGUGGAGUGUUAAGUGAUGAAAUAUUAUGCAGACGAUGAGUCACAAUAACAUGACUGAAGAUAUGAUAACCAAACCACACAUCAAAAGAUUGAGAAAUGACGUUUCAGUCCGUCCUGGUCCAUUAUCAAGUAGUAUCACAUAUGACCUGAUAAUGGUCCUAGACGGACAGAAAUGUCAUUGUUUCUCCAUCUUCUAAUGUUUGGUUUGGUCAUCAUGAAAUAUUAUGAUAUGCUUAUUUGAAACAUUUCAACUGUUUUUGGUCACUUUGAAGUUUUGGGAAAUUUGUUAACUGUAACCAAACAUGUUUUUAAAAGCUUCAAAUAAGAAAGAUAUGUACAGUAGCAAAGCAUUUUAAGUAUCAUUUUAUUUGUCAUAUUUAGAUGAAUUAAUUUUGAUCUCUUUUACUAGAGUAUAGUGAGAACCUUGGCUAAUGGCCUAAUUGGGAUUGGAAAUGUUUGAUCAAAUCAAAAUACAGUAUUCAUUAAAUCAAUUGUUUUUUUAAAUUUGGGUUUCUUACUGCAAACAAUAGAAUACGUCUCUGCUGAUGUUUGUGCACAAAUAUAAACCAUGUAAUUUAUAUAUACUGUAAAGGUAAAACAGUAAUGUAUGCGAUAAAUAAGGAUUCAAGUUAAUAUGAAAACUUCCUUCCUAAGCAAUUAACUUGAUUGUUUCCUAAGAUCCACUGUGUAUUGUACUGGAGUAGUAAAGGUUUAAAGGAACACUGGAGUAGGGUAACACUCUGAUACAGGCACAACAGGGAGUCAUACUGGUGUUAAGGAACACUGGAGUAGGGUAACACACUGAUACAGGCACAACAGGGGGUCAUACUGGUGUUAAGGAACACUGGAGGAGACUUGCUUCACUUAGAAUGACCUUCAGAAAAUAAAUUCAUGUAAUUUAAAAA